CAUUUUUUUUUCAUUUUAAGAAAAUCUUUCUUUGCGAUCAUAAUAAACAACAAAGACAAUCAUGUCAUCAUCAUCAUCAACGAUAAAUCGUGAUGAAGAGAAUAAAUUAGAAGAAACGCUUGGAUCAUUAUUUCAAAAAAUUCUUGAUAUUAAUGAUGAAUUGAAUCAUAGUUCAAUGUCAACAAAUGAUUCGAAAUAUCAGGAAAAAGUAGCCGAUGCUAUCGAACGUUUAGAAACAAUGACCAAAAACAUAAAUACAUUGGCAAUUUUUAGUGCCAAUGAAAAAAUGGAUGAAAUUCAAACCGAACAUCUAAAAUAUCUCCUAAUACCGGCUUUGUUGGCUGAUUUUACCCUGAAAAAUCAACAUCAAGAUCGUAUACAGAUAUUGGAAAUGGCACAGAUUUAUUUCAAAGAUUUUAUUCAACGUCUUAAUGAUUAUGAAUUUUGUGAUGUUAAACUGAAAAAUGCUACCGAAAACGAUGAUGAAGAAGAAAGUGAAACAAAAUCUUUGGCAAGUGAUAACACAAAUCAAGUAGAAUUAUUAUUACAACAAGCAAAAGCACGGGAUUCAAAAAUUCAACGAUAUCGUCAAAUGAAACAAUUAGAAUCAGAAUUAGAACAGCUUAAACAGAUAAUUAUUGGUCAACAACAACAACAAUCUGGUCAAGAUGAAGAUGUUGAAAGAAAAUUUUAUCUAAAAUUAAUUAAUCGUUGGCUUAAUCAGGCUAUCGAUGAAUUGGGUGCUAUUGAAACUGAAUUACCAAUGGUUAAAAUGCGUGCUGCAAUGUUGAAAAUGUCUACAACAAAUUCGAAUGAUAAAUUAACAAAAAGGCCAUCGCAAUCAUCAUCAAAACCUUUAAAACCGAUCAUUUUGACUAAAGAUCGAAUACAAAAACAAGUUUAUGGAGCGGGAUAUCCAUCGUUAGCAACCUAUUCGGUUGAUGAAUUUGUUCAACAAAAAAUCAAUGAAGGUAGUCUUCAAUUAACAGAUAAAAAUAUAUAUAGCAAUUCAUUAUAUGAUUGGGCAAAUGAUCCGGAAAAGAAAAAAUUAGAAGAACAAACCGAUGAAGAACGAAAAGAACGUUUAAUUGAAAAAGAUGAUGAACAAGAAUUAAUGAGGCUUCGUAAAUGGGAUGAUUGGAAAGAUGAUCAUAGGAGAGGUGAAGGAAACAGACAUAAUAUGGGAUAAUAAUCGAAGUGGAUUUUCUGAUUUUUGUUUUAAAAAUAAAAAAAAUUCUUUACAUAGUC